CUUCGGCAGUGAUGACGGACGACGACUCUGAGACUUCUGCCUCGGAGACACAGGCCCAGGACGAGAGCGAUCUGCCUGUUUUCCAGCUGUGCGGGCUGGUGGAAGAGCUCAGCUAUGGAAACUCUGCUCUCAAAACUGAGACAGAGAUGUUUGAAAAAUAUUACAAUAAACUGGAGCCCAGGGACCAGCGACCUCCACGAUUAUCAGAAGUCAAAAUAACAGGAGCAGAAAUUGCACAGUUACGAAGCAGGCGUAAAUCCAAGUCCCGCAUGGGCAUGGAGCGUGUGAUGGGCCUCAGUGUGGACCAAAAAUUCGAACUUGUGCAAAAGGAGCUGGAAGAUGCAAAGGAUGAGAUCAGGCACAUGAGAGCGAACGCUGAGCGCGACCUACAGCAUCACGAGGCCAUCAUCGAGGAAGCUGAAAUUCGAUGGACAGAAGUCCAGAGAGAAGUACAUGAGUUUGAAAAAGAUAUUCUAAAGCCCAUAUCCAAGAAGAAAGGGAGUAUUUUGGCCACUCAGAAAGUGAUGAAGUACAUUGAGGACAUGAAUCGCCGGAGGGAUAAUAUGAAGGAUAAAUUACGUUUGAAAAAUGUUUCACUCAAAGUCCAAAGGAAAAAGUUGCUUUUACAGUUGAGGCAGAAGGAAGAGGUAAGCGAGGCCCUCCACGACGUUGACUUCCAGCAGCUGAAGAUUGAGAAUGCUCAGUUUUUAGAGACAAUUGAAGCAAGGAAUCAAGAGCUGAUCCAGAUGAAGCUGGCAUCUGGAAACACCCUGCAGAUCCUUAACGCGUACAAAAGCAAGCUACACCACGCCAUGGAAAUGUCCCUCAAUCUGACCAAGGAGUUCUUGCUGAGAAAAGAGUUACUUGAAAAAAUUGAAAAAGAAACCCUACAAGCAGAGGAGGACCGGGCCAAGGCCCUGGCUCUGAACAGGCAGCUCCGGAAGCAGCUGUCUGAGUUCCGAGCUCCACAGGUGAUGAUGUAUAUCUGGGAGAAGAUCCGCAACGGGGACCUGGAGAAGACCAUCAGGAUGUGGGAGAGGAAAGUGGAGAUCGCAGAGAUGUCCUUGAAAGGCUACCGCAAAGCUUGGAAUAAGAUGAAAACCACCAAUGAGCAGUUGCAGGCAACUUCCGGCCCUGGGAAAUAGCCAGAAGGAAGCUACGGCUGCCAACCAAAAAGUGAUCCAUUAAAGUCAUCAGCUCCUGUCUAAGUCAUGGAGUUUGCUCACAGUUCUCUGUGCUGGCUAGGGUCCCCAACUCUCCAGCCAGGAUGCCGGUCACCUCCCAGGCCACCUCAGCCCCCUGGGGAAGUGUUUUCACAGCCUGGCCCCGGGAACCCGGGAACACUGAAAGAAACACAGGGCACUCUAAUGGUUUGACACUUGUUAGCCCACGUUUAGU